UCCGCUUCCCCACUUCCCCAAAUGCCACAGAGCGUCCACCGUCACUUCCCUGCUCGAUCACCGCAGAUCUGAUCCCCUUCCCCUCGGAGCGUGGAAUCGCCUCGUCGUUGAUGCGAGUCUGCAUUCCAGGCCUUCCCUUGGGAUGGAUCCGCCGUCGUUGAUGCCGCGGCUGCCGGAGAUGUGCCGGUUCCCGAUGCUCGGAAUGCCUCCCCCCGAAUUGGUGCCCAGGGUCGGGCGGAUUGGUGGGGACGCCUCGGUGGAGGAGUCCACGGUGACGGAGCAGUGCGGUGGGAGCAAGGGUCGCCGGCGCCGUAGGGACCCUCCCUCCUCGGGUGGCGCGACGGAGGACGAGUCGUCGAAGUUCGUCUCCACCUGUAGCGGCAACGAGUUGGCUGAAGCCGAGGCCAAACGUCUCAAGGCCAUCAAAUCUACUGAUGGAAAUGACAACAUAAAAAGUGAGGCUGAGGCAAGUUCAGGCAUCUGUAACAAGUUAGCUGCUCAAAAUCCUCAAACAACUGAGCCACCAAAGCAAGAUUACAUCCAUGUGAGAGCAAGAAGAGGUCAAGCAACAGACAGUCACAGCCUGUCAGAAAGAGCAAGGAGAGAAAAGAUAAGCGAGAGAAUGAAGAUUCUCCAAGAUCUUGUUCCUGGUUGUAACAAGGUAAUUGGUAAAGCAUCAGUUCUUGAUGAGAUAAUAAACUAUAUUCAGGCCUUACAGCAUCAGGUGGAGUUUCUAUCUAUGAAGCUAGAGGCUGUUAAUUCCCCUAUGAACACUACUAUUGAAGUGUUUCCUUCCAAAGAUUUUAGUUCACAGAGAUACAAUACCACCUCUAGUUUGGCCUACAGCUCACAAACAAGGGAAUAUGAGCAGGGUUCAGGGACAGAAUGGCUUCAUAUGCAGCCACCUUCUAUAUUUUCAGAGGUACAUUUUUCGAUUGAGUACUCCCUAAUGCUCGAACGGUCAUCAAAACACCCAGCCAGACAGGUGUACCUUUCUUCUUUUUCCUUUUCAUAUUUUGCAAUGCUUGAAGCAAUAACCUUCAAUUAAAUUAGAUUCAUAACUAAUAUCUGGGUUACAACCAACUUCAUUUCUUUUCCAGGAAUUAAUGACUGCCAUUUAGAACUUGGUAAUCCCAUCAAGUCUUUGACGUGGUCAAACUUGUGUAGUUUUUAUUUGUCAGGGCAUGUGACCAUUAAGAAGUUUAUGUUGGAUCAGUUGUUAGACAAUGAAUGUAUGGACUUCUUUUCUUAACUUAAUGCAUUAUUAUCAGAUUCAUACCACCA